CGACAUCCGCACUUUCCCUCUACCUUGCUAUCCAUACUCGACCUGCAAGCCCUUCCCCUACGGUUGCUCCUGCUACAAUUGAGGUCGAAUAUCCCCAGCAUGGCUGCUUCGGUCCUAGGCAAGCGCCAACGCGCUCCUAUCGAGGCGGAAGUUCCAGCAUUGCCCGUGCGUAGGGCCAGCAGGCGCCGCACGCAACCGCCUCGCAUCCUUCUCGAAGAAAACGAACCAGCAGUACCACAAACGCGCCAACUUCGAUCAAGGACAAGAAAUGGUGGUGCUAUUCAAGAGGAGAACGAACCCGAGCCUAAGGAUCUCGCCAUCGAAAAUGAGAAGCCAAAGCAUGCCAUUCAAGUUAGCAAGGCGAUCUCACCUGUCAAACACAGGUACACGUCGGAAUCGGUCAAUGAUGAAAACUCGACGCCGGUUGAGUUCAAAACCCCUUCCAAGUCAAGAUUCCGCGAUGCACUCGAUUCACCACCUAUCACACCGAAACACCGGGUCCAAGUCGGUGGGAAAGCGUUGACUCCCCGCACACCGCGACAUGCCGCGACACCAGCGACAACCACCCAAACAAUCUACUCGCAAGCCAGACAGCUAUUUGCGCGAGGUGCAGCAUCAGGUCGGAUAGUGGGCCGAGACACGGAACGGGAGAAGUUGGUAUCAUUUAUGCAGGAGGGCAUGGAUUCACGUAAAGGUGGCUGUCUGUAUGUCAGCGGCCCCCCGGGCACCGGAAAAAGCGCAAUGGUUCAGCAGGUGUGCCAGGAAACGGACCUGACGUCUCUGAGCAUUGCACACCUCAAUUGCGCCAGUAUGCGAAGCGCUCGUGAUGUCUACAGCAAGCUUAUUGAGGACCUUUGUGACGACAGUGAGGUAUUCAAGAAGAGCGAGGCGGAUAGAUUGAAGGCGAUGUUCACAUCCGGCGAGGAUGACGAUAUGUUUCUGGUUACUUUGGAUGAGAUUGAUCACCUUCUCACGGCGGAUUCCGGCAUCCUUCAGUCCCUAUUCGAGUGGUCGCUCCAGGGAAAAUCGAGGCUUUUGCUUAUCGGAAUCGCCAAUGCCCUGGAUUUGACUGAUCGGGCAUUGCCGCAACUUAAGGCUAAGAACCUGAAACCUCGCCUACUCCCAUUUAUGCCUUACAAUGCAGGCCAGAUUGCCGGUGUCAUAACCAAUCGGCUUCGCUCUUUACUCCCUGAUGGCCACACUGGGGACCCGAAUUUCGUUCCUUUCGUCCAACCAGCAGCCAUCCAGUUGUGUUCGAAGAAGGUGGCAUCGCAAACCGGCGAUCUACGGAAGGCGUUCGAACUGGUCAAACGUGCCAUCGAUAUUAUCGAACAGGAAACACUCCAAAAGCUGGAAAAGCAAAACGCCAACCCCAGCAGUCCUUCCAAGACCAUCCUUGUUGAGAACAACAAUCUUUCAUCGGCCAAAUCUUUCAUAUCUAAGCAAAACCCUACAUCGACUUACACCAUUCUUACGGCGCCGCGAGCCAGCAUCGCGCACGUCGCACGCAUUACUUCCGCGGCUUUUGGACAAGGCACAGUGCAGCGACUGCGAGGUCUCAAUCUCCAGCAGAAGGCAGCAAUUUGUGCAUUGAUUGCCCUUGAUCGGAAACGGCGGGAAGGUGAAAUCCCGGGUACUCCAUCCAAGACCAAGUAUCUCGCGCCGACGAUCAAGCAAGUCUAUGACACAUAUUGUACUUUGUGUCGCCAGGACAAUAUCCUACAUCCCCUCACAUCAACUGAGUUCAAAGACGUCAUCAGCAACCUGGAGACAAUGGGGCUCGUUGGCGAAUACGUGGGCCGAGGCCGGGGUGGCACCGUCGCUGGCGGCUCGGAUUUAAGACGCAGUCCUUCGAAAUCCCAUGGCCCAUUGACGCCCAGCAGAGCCUUGGACGAGCAAAGCCUGGUCUGCUACGUCUCUCAAAGAGAGAUCGAGACCCAGAUCGCCGGACCGGGCGAGGGAAUUCUCAGGAGACUGAUCACGGGCCAAGGGCUGUGAAACUGUUUUUGAUGAAUAUGAUUGCCCCUGUAAAGGCUACGACAAGCAGUCAGUUAUAUACCACUCACUCGUUUGGUGUUGGAUACACAUACACACAAACAUGCAUUUUCUUUAGCGAUACGAUACUACCACAGCAUUGGCAUACAGCGUUACAUGCCUACAUACUACAUACAUAGCCAAGCACCCCCAAGACAGACAUGAAUAAUAAUGAUAUGAUAAAC